AUGUAACAUCUGUGUUAUGAGAUAGACUAGUUUUACCAGUUCAGCAUUGACCUCCAGCCAUGUCUUCAAGUCAGGGAUUGUUUCCUGCUUGAUCUCAUCUUCCCCUUUCCUGUGUUUUACCUGCAGACAUUCAUGCCAGGAGAAGGCUGCUUUGGGUCCCUCUGGAUCUUUUCUAAAUAGGAGAUCCUGUUUACUAGAUGAGUUCCAGAAUUAUCCACUAAGGCUUCUGUAGCCCUCUUCCAUCAGUUGACCUUCACCGGAAACCCUAUUGCACAGAAUGAGUGGCUUCCUCACCUCCCUGGACCCCCGGCGGGUGCAGUGGGGCACUGCCUGGUAUGCCGUGCACUCCAGGAUCCUGCGCACCAAACCAGUGGAAUCCAUGUUGGAGGGGACUGGGGCUACCACAGCACAUGGCACCAAGCUAGCCCAGGUGCUUACCACCGUGGACCUCAUCUCGCUUGGCGUUGGCAGCUGUGUAGGCACUGGGAUGUACGUGGUGUCUGGCCUGGUGGCCAAGGAAAUGGCGGGACCUGGUGUCAUUGUGUCCUUUAUCAUUGCAGCCGUUGCAUCCAUACUCUCAGGUGUCUGCUAUGCAGAGUUCGGAGUCCGCGUCCCCAAGACCACGGGGUCCGCCUACACCUACAGCUAUGUCACUGUGGGGGAGUUUGUGGCAUUUUUCAUCGGCUGGAACCUGAUCUUGGAGUACCUGAUUGGGACUGCAGCUGGUGCCAGUGCCCUGAGCAGCAUGUUUGACUCACUGGCAAACCACACCAUCAGCCGCUGGAUGGGGGACAGCGUGGGAAUCCUCAACGGCCUGGGGAAAGGGCAAGAAUCAUACCCCGAUCUUCUGGCCCUGGUGAUAGCGGUCAUUGUCACCGUCAUCAUCGCGCUGGGGGUGAAGAACUCCGUGGGCUUCAACAACAUCCUCAACGUGCUGAACCUGGCGGUGUGGGUGUUCAUCAUGAUUGCAGGCUGCUUCUUCAUCAAUGGGAAAUACUGGGCUGAGGGCCAGUUCCUGCCCCAUGGCUGGUCAGGGGUGCUCCAAGGAGCAGCCACAUGCUUCUAUGCUUUCAUUGGCUUUGACAUCAUUGCCACCACCGGAGAGGAAGCCAAGAACCCCAACACAUCCAUCCCUUAUGCUAUCACUGCCUCCCUGAUCAUCUGCCUGACAGCAUAUGUAUCUGUAAGCAUGAUCCUAACUUUGAUGGUGCCAUAUUAUGCCAUUGACACAGAGUCCCCGCUCAUGGAGAUGUUUGUGGCUCGUGGGUUCUAUGCUGCAAAAUUCAUAGUGGCCCUUGGGUCAGUUGCAGGACUAACAGUCAGCUUGCUGGGCUCCCUCUUCCCAAUGCCAAGGGUCAUUUAUGCCAUGGCUGGUGACGGGCUCCUUUUCAGGUUCCUGGCUCACGUGAGCUCCUACACAGAGACGCCAGUGGUGGCCUGCAUUGUGUCAGGGUUCCUGGCAGCUCUGCUCUCGCUGUUAGUCAGCCUGAGAGACCUGAUAGAGAUGAUGUCCAUCGGCACACUCCUCGCCUACACCUUGGUCUCUGUCUGUGUUUUACUCCUACGAUACCAACCAGAGAGUGACAUUGAUGGGUUUGUCAAGUUCUUAUCUGAGGAGCACACAAAGAAAAAGGAGGGCAUUCUGGCUGACUGUGAGAAGGAGGUUUGUUCUCCUGUGAGUGAAGGAGAAGAGUUUUCUGGCCCAGCCACCAACACAUGUGGAGCCAAGAACUUACCUUCCUUGGGGGACAAUGAGAUGCUCAUUGGGAAAUCAGAUAAGUCAACCUACAAUGUUAACCACCCCAACUAUGGCACUGUGGACAUGACCACAGGCAUAGAAGCUGACGAGUCGGAAAACAUUUAUCUCAUCAAGUUAAAGAAGCUGAUUGGGCCCCAUUACUAUACCAUGAGGAUCCGGCUGGGCCUACCAGGCAAAAUGGACCGUCCCACGGCAGCUACAGGGCACACGGUGACCAUCUGCGUGCUCCUGCUCUUCAUCCUCAUGUUCAUCUUCUGUUCCUUUGUCAUCUUUGGUUCUGACUACAUCUCCGAGCAGAGCUGGUGGGCCAUUCUUCUGGUUGCUCUGAUGGUGCUGCUCAUCAGUGCCCUGGUGUUUGUGAUCCUGCAGCAGCCAGAGAACCCCAAGAAGCUACCCUAUAUGGCCCCUUGCCUCCCCUUUGUGCCUGCCUUUGCCAUGCUGGUGAACAUCUAUCUUAUGCUAAAGCUCUCCACCAUCACAUGGAUCCGGUUUGCAGUCUGGUGUUUUGUGGGUAUGCUCAUUUAUUUUGGGUAUGGCAUCUGGAACAGCACCCUGGAAAUCAGCGCCCGAGAAGAAGCCUUGCACCAAAGCACGUACCAGCGCUACGACGUGGACGACCCUUUCUCGGUGGAAGAGGGUUUCUCCUAUGCCACAGAAGGCGAGAGCCAGGAGAACUGGGGUGGGCCUGCUGAAGACAAAGGCUUCUAUUAUCAGCAGAUGUCAGAUGCGAAAGCAAACACCCGGACAAGUAGCAAAGCAAAGAGCAAAAGCAAACACAAGCAAAACUCAGAGGCCCUGAUUGCAAAUGAUGAGUUGGAUUAUUCUCCAGAGUAGGAGCAGGCACACAAGAAAUAUGCAGAAAUCACGGUGAUUUAUUUUCAGUAACCUAAUCUGUGGGCUGGAAGGUGCAAACUUGUUUGGCUCUCAUUUCAAAAAUCCAACCUUCCCCAAAGUCAGUCCCCACGCAUAGCCUGUCAUCUGCUUUUGCUUUUCAGAAUAGUUCUGUCGAAGGGAUUCACCUGGGCCCCUAACUGGCCCCCUUGUAAAAAAUAAACAAGAAGCUACAAGACAUUCUGUCUUAGAUGCAACCAUCAGAGCUGAUGGCAACAAAUGUUCCCUAGGCCUGUGCUUUGCUGGUUGAAUCUUUUCGCUUCUUGCUGAAAUCUCAAGAAGCCAGGAGAAAACUCCUUGGGCCAAGCUCGCAAUGCGGCUCCUCCUGCAGAUGUGCCAAGGCAGGUGGGUUUGGGCACAUGGCAGCAUUUCAACCACCUGAGCUCUUCUCCACCUGCUGGGCUGAGAGCUGCUCCCUGAGGCCAGGGUGGGCAGGGGUGCACUGACGCCUCCUUAGCAAGUGGCCCUUCGUCCUGAAAUCUCACAAAAACAAGGUCAUGGAAAGACACAUGCUUCUUUCACUCACUAAGGUUCUCACAGUCCCCAAACUAUAACUUUAGGAUCCAGCAAAGGUCAAGGACUCUGAGAUCAUUUCCCCAGAAGUUUCAGGUUCACCAGAAAGCAGUUGUGCAAACCCGAUGACAUGGUAAGAAGCACCAUCAAAGCUCACCUUAAACACCCAGAAAAAGUAAAUAACCAUCUCUUGCAGUGAAGGCCAGAAGGGCAUGGGCAGAAAUUAAUUCUCUGUCAUGCCUUCUCAUAUACCAGACUCCUGCUGAUAGGAUGCAAGAGGGCAAAGUUUGGAAAAUGAUUUCAUGGCACUAAUAUGCCUUGAAGAUGUAGGCUGUUUUAUAAUCAGAUAAAAAUCUUUACAAGGAGAAGUGAGCGAGCCACUGAGGUCACAUUGCAAAUUCUAUUUCAGGUUUUUGAAAUUAUAAAUUCUGGAGUUAAAUACACAACCACUUGAUUGGUGGGUGCUACUCUGAAAACAAAGAUGUUGAAGCUCAGCUACUUAGGUAAUUGCAUUCCAUGAGAUCACAUUUCACUUCUGAACCUCAUUCCUCCAGAGUAGCUCACUUUGGGACAAGUGUUUUUGCUGUCCAUUCCCAGAUCAGUUCCCUGAAGCCCAGAGAAAUAUCUACCUGGGAAGGUCUAAAUCUAGGCCUUAAGGGAGACUCUAAAAGGACUCUUCUCAGAAAAGCUAGAUGAGAGAAUUUGCAACAGGAAAAUAACACGUGGUCUAUAAAUUCUACUCUUGGGUUACAGAGAUGCGCAGGGCUGCACUGAUGUGUACAUGUUUCUACAAGGGCACAGUCUGCAUAGAGAUAAGACUUUUGUGAGAAUUUCCUGAAAGGGGGGCAAAAUAGAAAAUUUCUUGCCCUGUCUCUCCUGAAUCUGACGUUAUGCCAAAAGUUUUCUAGAAUACAUCAACUAAGGUUUAAGUCUAUUCUUUCUUAAAGGUUGAGGUUUAUGCCAUCUUGGCUUCUUUAGGAUUAUGCACACGGGACAAAAGUGUAUUGUUUCACCCAGUUACCACUGACUGAGAAUGUUCCCCGUGCUAAGUGAUGGGAGUGAAGUCAUAUAACAUCUGCCCUGGGGGCUCACGGCCCAGGGAAGGAGAGUGCUGGAGUCUGAAGCAUGUCGAUAAAACAACCCGGCCUCACAGGUCUUCCCAUUGGUGCACUGGGUUUUAAUAUAUUGUAAAAAGAAAGCUCAACUAAAACGAGUAUUUUUAAAUAAAUUGCAUAUCACACCCAUAGCCAAUGAAUGCCAUUAAAUUCAAGUAACUUCUAUUUUCUAGAUAUGCUUUUUAUUCCUCUAUAUUAAUGGUUUUAAAUUCUGGUUUUCUGAGGUCAUUUUGUUAUUUUAAUGUAGGGCAUGGCAGUGCCAUGUUUUCUCUUCCCUAACCUUAACCGUAAAGACACAACGUCUGGUCUGUAAAAUAUAUCCUUGGGGGAUUAAUUGUAAAUUAAUCAUCAG